GAGAAUAUAAUUGUUCCGUCGCUACCCGGAUUCGAACCCAGGACCUUUGAAUGAGAGGCAAACACCAAGAGAGCCCCCUAAACCUGUAAUUAAGAUAGGGGGUACCAAUUAUAAGGUGAAGAAGAACAGUCAACUAAAGAAUAAUUUUUGAACGAUUCCGGUGGACAACAUGAAAGAAAAAAUGUAUAAUAAAAAAUCAUAUACAUUUUUAGAUAAUCUUUUAUCAAAAUCGGUGUUCAUUCACAUUAGCGUUUACAGUCGGACACAAACGAUAUAAUAGAGCUAUACAAAACAGUUGUUCGCAGUGAGUAGGCGGUGUUAAAAAACAAUAGAUUGGAUAACAGCGUUUGCGCGGUUAUGGCCUACUUACAUAUCAUGUACGCUUAGGUAAUUUCAGUGAGGGAUCUGGGUUGUGGAUAAUCGGCAUUUCAUUGUUGAUGCUGCUUUGAGCAAGUAGAAGUUAGCAGCUAACAAUUCAAAAUGUUGGGGUGUGCCAAGGAUUUGGUGAUGCUUCUGACCGCUCUGGCGUCAUCUCUUGUGUCCAGUGCGCCGUCCGGUGACCAGAUAAAACACCUUCCUGGCCUCGCCCAGCAGCCAAAGUUUAAACAGUACUCCGGCUUCCUCGAUGGUUUGGGGACCAAAAAGCUGCAUUAUUGGUUUGUGGAGUCUCAGAAUGACCCGGCUAACGACCCACUUGUGCUGUGGCUUAACGGAGGUCCCGGCUGUAGCUCUCUGAUUGGUCUGCUCACGGAGAACGGUCCGUUUACCGUACAGCCGGACGGCAAAACGCUACAGCCAAACCCUUUCAGCUGGAACACUUUGACCAAUGUUCUCUACUUAGAGGCCCCAGCCGGGGUGGGCUACUCCUACUCCAAGGACAAAAACUAUACCACAAACGACGACGACACUUCUUUGAAUAACCUGGUGGCCAUGAUCGGUUUCUUCAAGAAGUUCCCGGAAUACCACAAGAACGAUUUUUAUAUCACUGGUGAGAGUUAUGGAGGAAUCUACGUGCCGACAUUGGCGUAUAGAGUGGCUUUGAACAAAUCCAUGAAUCUAAAAGGAUUUGCAGUUGGCAACGGGGUUACUGAUAACAAGAUGGGUUUUAACUCUUUUGUUCAUCUCUCCUACUAUCAUGGUAUGGUAGGGCCUGAAAUUUGGGCAAAGGCUCUGCAAGAUUGUUGCAAGGAUAUUCCUAUCGACAAGUGUGAUUUUCAAGAACAAAAGAAGCACUCGAAGUGUCACGAAGACGUCUAUCAAAUCUUCGGGGCACUUUCCGAGAGCGGGAUAAACCCGUACAACAUAUAUGCUGAUUGUGCGGGCGGCGUGACACAAAUGAAUCAGCUAAUCAAAAAGUCGAGACCGGCAGGGUGGCCACUUCUCAGUGAGAUGGACAUUACUACAGUCGACAGCGGCAUACCUUGCGAGAACGACACAGCACUAAUUACCUACAUGAACACGCCUGACGUGCGGGAAGCUCUCCACAUCCCGUCAACUCUUCCAGAUUGGGAUGUUUGCAGCAACUUGGAUUAUACACCUCUAUAUAAAACGAUGAAGACCUUCUACAAGAAGCUGACUGUCUCCGGAGAGUUUCGCGUCAUGGUAUACAACGGAGACGCAGAUAUGAUGUGCAAUUAUCUCGGAGACGAGUGGUUUGUGGACUCGUUGGGGCUCGGCAGAGUCGGUUACCGGAAGCGUUGGUUGUACACUGCGGCGGACGGCACACAGCAGGCUGGUGGCUUUAGACAGGACUACAAAUCUAACGUCCGUUAUCUCACUGUGCUGGGCGCAGGUCAUAUGGUACCAACAGACCGACCAAGACAGGCCCUGGAAAUGUUUGUAAGCUAUAUAAAAAACAACUGAAUUAGUUUUUGGAUACCGUCGACCUUCUUGGAAAGACGUUGCAAAAAGUAGACGUCAUUUGGCCUGUCAUCUCAAUAAUAUCGCAUUACGUCGGCAAGCUAUUCAACUUUUCUUACCCUAAUAUUCUAAAAUUUUAGAAAAUUGCAGUUUCUUAAUCAAUUGUAUUGUUUAAAUGAGCUAGAGAAACGUUUUCUAAAAAGCAGGAAAAAGUAGCCUACAUAGUGUAGGUACCAUUCUUAAUACUAAGAAACAAUUUCAAUCUAUCUCGGAAAAAAAGGAUGCUGUCUGGGCUUUUACAGUGGAUGUCUCGCAUUCAACGAGGUUGCCGGGACCGGCUAGUUGUCCUCGUUGGAUCCUACC